AUGCCUUUGGUGAUAGACUGGUUCCAGCACGUUGAAUGGUGGCUCUGGGGAAGUUCUCUCUCUUCUGUCUGAUAGGGGAACUGUACUCUGGGAAGACGCUCUCUAUCCGGUGUAUCUCGGAGCCAGAGGCUGGCUUACACCAACAGCAGCAAGCUUGUAGUAAACACCUCCAGUGUCUUCACCGUCCGUCACUUCAGAAUCACAGCAGUGUGCAGGAAUGACGUGAUUACAGUUAACACACCAGCAUUUGCAGAAUCAGUCACGGAAGGAGAUGUCAGGUGGGAGAAAGCUGUUGGAGACACAGUGGCAGAGGAUGAAGUGGUGUGUGAGAUUGAAACAGACAAGACAUCAGUGCAGGUUCCAUCCCCGGCUGCUGGUGUGAUUGAAGCACUUCUAGUACCUGAUGGGGGGAAAGUGGAAGGAGGGACUCCUUUGUUCAAACUCAGGAAAACUGGAGCUGCUCCUGCCAAGGCCAAACCGGCAGUGGCACCUCCUGCUGCAGCCCCUGCACCUGAGCCUGUGGCGGCUGCUGCUGUUGCUCCACCUGCGGAGCCAAUUCCCACUACGAUGCCUCCAGUGCCCCCUGUGUCAACACAGCCUAUUGAUACCAAACCUGUGUCUGCAGUGAAGCCGACUGCAGCUCCAGUGGCAGCUCCUGGUGUGGAGCCAGGGGCCAGCAAAGGUGCCAGAUCAGAACAUCGGGUGAAAAUGAAUCGGAUGCGUCAGCGCAUUGCUCAGCGCCUGAAAGAGGCUCAGAAUACAUGUGCCAUGCUAACUACCUUCAAUGAGAUCGAUAUGAGUAACAUCCAGGAGAUGAGAGCCCGACACAGAGAAUCUUUCCAGAAGAAGCACAACCUGAAACUGGGCUUUAUGUCAGCCUUUGUAAAAGCUGUUGCCUUUGCCUUGCAGGAACAGCCCAUUGUGAAUGCAGUGAUUGAUGACACAACCAAAGAGAUGGUGUACAGGGACUAUGUGGAUAUCAGCGUUGCAGUGGCGACUCCCAGGGGUCUCGUGGUCCCUGUCAUCAGGAAUGUAGAAACUAUGAACUUUGCUGAUAUUGAGCGAACCAUCAAUGAGCUAGGGGAAAAGGCCCGAAAGAAUGAGCUGGCCAUUGAGGACAUGGAUGGUGGCACCUUCACAAUCAGCAAUGGAGGGGUCUUCGGGUCCCUCUUUGGAACGCCCAUCAUCAACCCUCCCCAAUCUGCCAUACUGGGCAUGCAUGGCAUCUUUGACAGACCUGUUGCUAUCGGAGGCAAAGUUGAAGUGCGGCCCAUGAUGUAUGUGGCACUGACAUACGACCACCGGCUGAUUGAUGGCAGAGAGGCAGUGACUUUCCUGCGCAAGAUCAAGGCUGCAGUGGAGGAUCCUCGUGUGCUGCUGCUGGACCUCUAGAGCACAGCCACAACCCCAUACAACCCAACCAGGGCAGGGACGCAGCACCAGCAGGGGCAAGAGAAGACAUUCAGGAAUCAGCAGGAGUUCAUUCCAGUCUCCUCCUCCUCCCCUGUGGUAGGAGGUGUUUUGGAGGGAACCCUGGAGCUAGCUCCUACCUCUCUUCUUGUUCUCUUGAAGGAUGGUUCAGUGUCUUCCUGGGGCUCUUGUACAAUGGCCUGGGUUUCCAGAACCACCUAUGUAGCCUCUUUCUUACCUUUCCCGCCUUCCCUGAGCGUGCCUCACCUCCAGCAGAAGCUGCCUGCUGCUGUGCUAGGCCACCUUCCCCUGUGGCUCCUGUGCCAGUUCAGAUUCCCUUCCAGCACUGGGAGGGAGGGAAAGGUUCUUGUGUGUUCCUGCCUCCUUCUUACUUCCCUGCAAAGCCAGUCAGGGAUGCCUGGGGUGACUUCGUAGCAGUGUCUUCUCGCACCCCUGCAUUCCUUCCUUUACUUGUAAUCUCAGGGGCAUGGACACUGCAAGGUUUGUCUGCCUCCACUGCUCCUCAAAUUAACAGCUGAGAUGCAUCUAUUAGGAUUCUGGCACCUGGUUCCCUCCCUUCCCAGGCAGGAAGGCAGAAGUAACCUCUUCCAUCCUCUUGUGUUAAGGUUUUGUUAAUUUUCUCUGGCCUGGUCCACAUGGUGUGAAUGUCUGAUGUUUGACAGAGAUGAGACAGCAACUCACAUGAAGGGAGGCAGCUCCAUUCCCUGCUGGGCCUGAGGCCAACCCAGGCCUUAGGCCAGUACCUGCUAGCAUUUAAGAUAAGAAACACCUCCCUGCAGCUGCAGCAACUCCUGUUUAGCAGGGCUUGCCCUGCCCCACCCCCUGCUGUGAAACAGCUGGGCAAAGUGCCCAUGCACCCUUGCCCCAGGCUGCUGGUGGGUGGGGACAUAUUCUUAGUACAGAGCGUGCACGUGUAUCUGGGAGUGAGGGCCACUUGAAGUCCCUGCAGGGUCUAUUACUCUCAUCCUCAACACAAUUUGUAAUUAAAGUAUUUAACACAAUGGGUUUUAAAGACAUGAACCAGGGAAAUGAGCUAAAGGUGGGGUGUAGUGGGAUGGGGGAGGGGAGCAGGAGUGUGUAUUUGCUGGUGCAGGGUUUUGAAUGUAUGUCCCUGACUUGGUGCAAGAAAUUAGCUGAAUGCACUAUAGGAAGAACAGAUAUACCCUGGUGAAAGGCUCAGCAUGAGAUUCUCCUCCAUGGGGCCUGUGUCACCGGGGUAAUGAUGGAAGUUGAGGCAAGAUUUUUCUCACUACGUUCUCUGCACCAGCUCCCUCUCAUGGCCUUUUUCUCAAGGGAAUAAAUUCAUUAACUCUCCAA